AGAGUCUCACUUAUCCAACACUCGCUUAUCCAAUGUUCUGGAUUAUCCAACGCAUUUUUGUAGUCAAUGUUUUCAAUAUAUCGUGAUGUUUUGGUGCUAAAUUCGUAAAUACAGUAGAGUCUCACUUACCAACGUAAACGGGCCGGCAGAAUGUUGGAUAAGCGAAUAUGUUGGAUAAUAAGGAGAGAUUAAGGAAAAGCCUAUUAAACAUCAAAUUAGGUUAUGAUUUUACAAAUUAAGCACCAAAACAUCAUGUUAUACCACAAAUUUGACAGAAAAAGUAGUUCAAUACGCAGUAAUGUUAUGUUGUAAUUACUGUAUUUACGAAUUUAGCACCAAAAUAUCACAAUGUUUUGAAAACAUUGACUACAAAACUGCGUUGGAUAAUCCAUAACGUUGGAUAAGUGAAUGUUGGAUAAGUGAGACUCUACUGUACAUAUCUGUUAGAAUGAUGUCCAGGGUGUGAAUGUUGCAAUUGGCUAGCUUGAUUAGCAGUGGAUAUCCUUGCCGCUUCAAAGCUGGCUGCUUCCUGCCUGGGGAAAUUCUUUGUUGGGAGGUGUUAGCUGGCCCUGAUUGACUGUGUGUUUGGGGAGGGGGGAUUAUACCUGCAAGGCCACUUCCUCAACAGCCACUUCCUCAUCCGCAUUGACUCAGGUUUGCUGGGAAAAGACCCUCAUAGACCUCUUUUCUGUUUCUUGCAAACUGUGGUCCAUGAAUCACUGUUUGGGAACCACUGCUUUACAGUGUGGCCAAAACACCCCAAAGGUACCAUAUUCCCAUUAAUAUAGAUGACCUUAAUAUAGUUUUGGACUCAUGAAAUAUAUGGCUACCCUUGUUUGUCUUGCUUAUAUUCCAUUGAUUUCUAUUUAUUUCCUCUCUGAAUAACAAUAUCGGGAUCCUACCCCAAACACUUCCACCCAGUCCUCUUUCCAGCCUGAGCAACCUGUUUGCACAUGGCUCACCUUCUAAUCAUAGCAAGGAUUGUUUGCAGGUGAGUACAAGCCUUGAAUUGUUACCAAGGCUCAUUUGCAAACAAACAAAGAAGCCGAAACCGGGUUUCCUUUGGCAUUUCUUCAACACAGUUGGAGAAAACAGAUUCAAUUUUUGCAAUGUGUGCCGCAUUGGAAGAAAAGUUUGCAAAGUUUCCUCCAAUAUGAGUUGGUUUGGCUUCUGUUGCUUAUCUAAGAAGAUGUGUGAAUGGUAGGAGGAGGAUAUCAUGCAUUUACAGGUCAGUCUUGGGCAAAAGUCAAGGUGUAUUUGAGAUAUUCUUCUCUACUGAGUUGUGUUUGUCUUUUUGGAAGGCAACUCAUGCUGCAUCCUGUCAUCCUUCAAUGAUGGGAUUAUGAACUCUAGGAACACAGAGCGGUGUUUUUCAAAGCCUACGUCCAACCAAUUGCUAACUACUUGGAGAUAUUACUGCAAUUUGCUAUUUGAUCCUAAAAGCCAUGGCUGGCAAACACCGGGAGCCCCGGCUCCCCAUGACCUUGCAGAAAUCCCGUCUGAAGGCCGAGGAGAAGGUCUUGGACUUUGAUUUUGAGUUGACAAGUGUCCAGUUCAAUAAGGUGGGAAGGUAUGUGCUGAGAUUGACGGUGGAAAAUCCAUUGCUGGAGGGGUCAGGAGCCGGGGUGCAACUCCGAGUGAACGAAGGAGACCCCCUUUAUACCAACACGGCCACCACCGACGUGGUGGAGCAGGCCAACCUGAAUGAAGUCUACACCUUUGAGAAAAGGAGAUUCCUCUUCAUCCUGCCCAAAGGUAAGAAGGACACCAACCGAGCAGAGGUUGGGAAGAGCCCUCCAUGGUUGGGGAAUUCUAGGAGUUGUGAUCCAAAGGAGAGUCACUAGAGAGAAGGUAGGAUCAGGGUAUGGAACAUGAAUGGUGAGAGAAGAUAAGGAGAUGGACUUCAGGGCCAGAUAUUAACCCAAUUUCAGUUUGUUCCUGAACUAUGUUAUAAUGAGAAGGUUUUGAGCACUGUGGAAGGCCAUGGAUGGGAACCCUCAAGAUAAGCUGAACUUCAACUCCCAGCAUUCAUUAUUACUGGUCAUAUUGGCAUGACAGGUGCUGUAGUUAACAACUUUUUGGAUGUUUCAUGACAUUAGGAGAUAAAGAAUGUUGAUGGGAAUGAAUUAUUGGUUUUCAGUCCCAGAAGAUCCGACAUUCAUUAUGUCAUUGUUUUGUCCCUUUUUAUCUGACUUUACAAUAUUUUUUUAUUUUUCAUGGAUGAUGGUGUUUUCUUUCACCUGCUCCCUGUUUUCCUGGCAUUGAGUCAUGGUC